AUGGUCUAUUUAGAUUUAGCCCUUUCAGUUGAAAGUGAAAAUUUAGAAAGUUUAUUCAUUACAUAAAAUUGUGAAUGGUAUUUCAUGGUUAAAUGCACAUAGUGCCACUAAGACCAUAAAAAGGAUAUCUAUUUUACUGAAAAUGAUGAAGUAGAAAUGAAAGGUGGUAAGGGAGUUGCUAAUUUUGGAAUGACUUGCCCUGAAUGCAAAAGAGAAGGCUAUAUUAGUAUUCAUAAAGACUCUGCAAAGAAAAUGGAUUUGAGUAAUGAUAGAUCAUAAUGCGUAAUUGCUACUUUCGAUUGCAGAAACCUUGAAAUAACUUAAUGGCUUCCAAUGGUCACUGUUAAUGUUACUGCAAAAGAAUCUGGAUCUUUAUUCCAAGAAAUAGAUUUAUCAGACUUGCCAUGGUGCGAUUAUGAUGAAAAAACAUAGGCUACUGUACAAAUAGAAGUAUUUUAACAAGAAAUCAAAAGAAAUAAUAAAUUAAAAUGA